UAUAACGAACGAACAGAUAAAUGAAGAUGCACAUUUAAAUGGCAUUUCGCAGUUGUCCGUCUAGAUAAACCGACCGCUGCUUUCGGUUUCGCGUUUCGGCCCCGCAGCUCCCAUCUCUACGCGUGUUAGCUUGUAAUUCGAUGUCACCGAAGCGGGCGUUCACAACGUAAUCAACGAUCGUCCAAAAAUGCCGUUCGUCGAAUACAAGCUAUACGAGAAUAUUUUCAUCGAAACAAACCUUCAGUCGGCUGAUUACGAUGCGGUGAUCUUAAUCCUUUACCCCGAGGAACUUAACGUGCCAUUGCCGAGACACAUCGGGAGUUUCGUCGACGGAAUCGGGAAACUUGACAAGCACAUCCACAAGUCGGCGACGGUGUGGCAAUGCGACUACGUAUCUGGCGGCAGGAUUAUAUUGGCCCCGACCGGGAAGAUCACUCCUUACCAUGACGCUAGGGUGGUGAAGGAAGCAGCGUACAAAGGAAUGACCCGUGCGCUGGACGCCGGCGCGAAAAGACCUUUACUAGUCGUUCAAAACGUCGUCGACUUUCCGGACGGACAAUUGGUAGCGAUCCUCGGAGCCCUGGAAGCGUUGUACGUGCCCCUCCAGAUGCGAGAGAGAGACAGCACGAGGAACUUCUCAAGAAUCGGUCUCCACGCCGAAGAAAAACGAACUGAGAACUUCGAAAAGAUCGUUCGCAAUGCCAUAGCGCUUGAACGCGCUCGCGUGCUAGCUAGAGACAUCGGAGGCGGUGAUCCCGAGAGAAUGAGUCCGAUAAAGAUAGCCGAACAUCUGAAGUCAACCUUCAGCGGUUACAGCAACAUCGAAGUGCGGAUUGUCGAGGACGAAGAUAUAAUUAAUAAGGACUAUCCGCUCUUAUCGGCCGUGUCAAGAGCGGCCAGCCACAUAGACCGGCACAAGCCCCGAGUUGUCGAAAUCGAAUACAAGCCUUCGGAUCCUGCAAGGAUUAGCGAAACGCUGCUGCUUGUCGGCAAGGGAGUCACUUACGACACUGGCGGCGCUGAUAUAAAGAUUUCCGGUAAGAUGGCAGGUAUGGCGAGAGAUAAAUGCGGAGCCGCCGCCGCCGCGGGCUUCCUUAAGGCCUGCUCCAUACUGAAGCCUCCGCAUUUGAAAGUGGUCGCAGCGCUGUGCCUCUGCAGAAACUCGAUCGGCGAAGACUCUUAUGUCUCCGACGAAUUGCUCUUAUCGAAGAGCGGGAAGACGGUGCGCGUCACGAACACAGACGCUGAAGGCCGCUUCGCUAUGGCCGAUGCGUUGUACAAGUUCGCCGAAACUGCUGCCCAAGAACUAAACCCGCAUUUAUAUACCAUAGCAACACUGACAGGCCAUGCUAGAGCCUGCUACGGAAACUACGUGGCUGCUAUGGACAAUCACAGUGCUAGAGCCACGAAUCACUCCACUAGGCUGCAGUUCAGCGGCACCAGAGUGUCAGAGCCGAUUGAAGUUUCAUACGUCAGGCCCGAAGACUUGGCUGUCAACGUUGGGAAGUGCAAAGGCGAUGAUCUACUUCAAGUGGAUAUGGAGAAGACCUUCCGCCAUCAUCAGCUGGCCGCGGGCUUCCUGAUCAAAGUCAGCGGUUUGGAAGAUAAGAACGUGAAGUACACUCAUUUGGACAUAGCUGGAGCGGCCGGUUCGCCUCCCUGCGAACCAACCGCCGUUCCAAUAUUGUCUUUGUGUCAUUUACAUAAAGUACUACUCUGAUUUAUCAAUAUAUGUGUAUCUUCUU